AUGAGGCGAUCUCCUGGAAUAUCGGAUGAUAUAAGGAUGGGUACUUUCGUGACCCUGGCGGAGGUGCUGGAGGCCCGGGGUUCACCGCUGGAGGAAGAUGAGGUCUGGUGUGUCCUUCUGGCCACCGUAGAGGCCUUACUUGACAUCCCCAAAAAGGGUUCAGGGAACAUAUGCAGUGUGCUAAGUCCAGGCUCAGUGCUGCUCUCGGCCAAUGGGAGCGUGGCGUUUAAGAGCUGCGUCCGCUACGAAGACGCCGCCUCGUUCACGGCUCCAGAAGCGCAGCAGGGCCAUGCCUCCUCCAGCCGCUCCACCGCAGAGAAGAUGGUGGUGUACUCAGUGGGGAUGACUCUUUACUGGUGUGUGGACUACCAGCUACCUCCAAACCAGCCGGUGCAGUUGAGUGCAGACCUGGAGGGGGUGCUGUUGAGCAUGUGUGAGGAGGUGAGUGGGCGGAGGCCAGAGCUGCUGUCCGUCCUGGAGAGCUGCGAGCUGCACCAGCGGACCGCCAUGCUGCCCCCCGCCCAGCGCUGUGUGCGCCAACUGGUGGAGGACGUCUGCAAGAGCACGGUGGAUAGUGUGUCUGCUUCUGAGAGUGGAUCGCAGCUGACGGACCGCAGCCAGAUGGUCCGGGACAGAUUACACAGAACGUCCUUUAACUCUUCAUGGGCCUUAAAGCAAAAGACUCCUACACUUUACGCUCCGUCUGACCCGUCGGGGAACUCUGUGCGGCACAGAGACUCCUUCUGCAGCUGGCAGCAGUUGCCCCGCAGCCCUUAUCUGGACGGGAGUCGCCACACCAACUCCAGGUCCCUCUCACAGUUCAACUCCAGCAUCAGCCUCAGCGACAAGAAACUCAAGGACAUAGGACCAGAGUUUCUGCGGCUGUUGGAUGAGCCACCGGCUGUUGUAGAACUACCUGGAUCUAUCGUGUCCAAGAAGGGGAAGUCGCUGACCACCCAGAGGGAGCUGAGUGUGGUGAUGCCCAGUGGUCAGAGCAUCCAGGUCAAGUGUGAGGUCAAGUCCAGAGGAGGAGACGUCUUCGACAUGAUCGUGGCCCACGCAAACCUCGUGGAGCAUUUCUACUUUGGCCUUGCUUAUAUCGACGAUAAUGAGUUUUUCUUUGUGGAGAACGACACAAAAAUCUCCAAAGUUGCCCCAGACUCCUGGAAGAAAGUGCCUACCACCACAUUUGUCCUUUUCUUUAGAGUCAAGUUCUUUGUCAAUGAUAUGUCACUGCUGUUGCACAAGCAGACACGGCACCAGUACUACCUGCAGCUGCGCAGGGACCUGCUGGAGGACCGGCUGGCCUGCCACGAGGAGACCGCUCUGUACCUGGGAGCUCUGGCUCUGCAGGCCGAGUACGGAGACUGCUCUGAGAUGUUCGGCAGAAACUACUACCGUCCCGACCAGUACGUGUGCAAAAGCGUGAUGGAGAAACGUGCCUUGCCCUACAUUCAGGAAGAACUGCUGCGACUUCACACCAACAAUGCACAGAUGCUGCCAGAGGAGUCCGAGCUGGAGUUUCUCAAGGUCUGCCAGCAGCUGCCUGAGUUUGGGGUGUUUCUCCACCGUGCGACGCGAGAGAAGAGGUCUUUGGAAGGAGAGAUCCUGCUGGGAGUCUGUGCCAAAGGAGUCAUCGUCUACGAAGCCAAAGACGGCUCCCGCUCCGCCCACCAAACCUUCUACUGGAGAGAGACGGCCACCAUCUCCUCCACCAGGUGCAAGUUCAUCAUCGAGUGCCGAGGCAGUAAGAAGAAAUAUGCCUUUGUGACUGAGAGGUCGAAGAUUGCCAAGUACCUGUGCGACCUGUGUUCAGCUCAGCACAAGUUCAACAACGAGAUGAGCUCCCGCAAACUCAGCCACAACCUGAUCUCAGACGACAGCAUGGGGCCGUACAGCCCGGGACGCCACACCCAGAGCAGCCGCCUGAAGUCCUACUCCUGCUCAGAGACGCCUCAGGACGACAGCGGCCUGACCACGCCUCAGGAGGAGCCCAUGUCCAAACUCUGCGAUGAUGUCACCGCCAGGAUCCAGGCUCGUAUCAAGACCAACAGAUCCAGCCUCACCGAGCCCAGUACGUGCUCCAGUAGCCAGCGCAGCAGCACAGGGAUGCGCUCUCCGUCCUGUUCUCAGAGGAGCGGAUCUGAAGCACCCUCUGGAUCUCCUGCUGCCAGAGAAACUCCCCCUAAACUGGGCGUGUCGUCAGAGAGGGAGGUCAUCUGUGUCACGCUGAAAAAGGACCCGAAACUCGGCCUGGGUAUUGUGAUUGUAGGGGAAGACACUGUGGGACGGUACGACGUGGGAAUCUUUGUGGCUUCCAUUGUUCCUGGGGGACCCGCUGAGAAGGACGGACGCAUCAGAACAGGUACAGGCUGA